UAAAACAGUUAAGGCAAUAAGAGAAAACUGUUACUCGGGGUAGUUUUUCUCUGGUGACAACGACAUUAACGGUAUAGACCAACAGCUGAACUACCGCAGUGUCGUCAGGUCCUUCAGCUGGAUCGAAGCAAACAGAAGAAAUGAGAGAGAUUGUCCACGUACAGGGAGGCCAGUGUGGUAACCAGAUUGGCGCCAAGUUCUGGGAAGUGAUAUGUGACGAGCAUGGGAUCGAGCCCACGGGAUUUUAUCACGGAGAGUCCGACCUCCAACUGGAGCGAGUGAACGUCUACUUCAACGAAGCCAGUGCCGGACGUUACGUGCCUCGAGCGAUUCUCAUGGACUUGGAGCCUGGGACAAUGGACAGCGUUCGGUCGGGGCCGUAUGGACAGAUAUUCCGGCCUGAUAACUUCGUCUUCGGCCAGACGGGAGCCGGGAACAACUGGGCCAAAGGCCACUACACCGAGGGAGCCGAGCUUAUCGACUCCGUGCUGGACGUGGUGCGCAAGGAGUGUGAAGGCGCUGAUUGCCUGCAAGGAUUCCAAGUGAGCCAGUCUCUCGGCGGGGGAACGGGCUCAGGGAUGGGAACUCUGCUGAUAUCGAAGCUCCGAGAGGAGUACCCGGACAGGAUGAUGCUCACCUUCUCCGUGUUCCCGUCGCCCAAGGUCUCGGACACAGUCGUGGAGCCUUAUAACGCGACGCUGUCCGUGCACCAGCUCGUCGAGAACGCCGACGAGUGCAUGGUUCUGGACAACGAGGCCCUCUACGACAUAUGUUUCAGAACUCUCCGGCUCACAACUCCCACCUUUGGCGAUCUCAACCAUUUGAUAUCAGCAACGAUGAGCGGCGUGACGUGCUGCCUCCGCUUCCCCGGCCAGCUCAACGCCGACCUCCGCAAGCUCGCCGUCAACCUCAUCCCCUUCCCGCGCCUCCACUUCUUCAUGGUCGGCUUCGCACCGCUCACCUCGCGCGGCUCGCAGCCAUACCGAGCGCUCAACGUCCCGGAGCUGACGCAGCAGAUGUGGGACGCCAAGAACAUGAUGUGCGCGGCGGACCCUCGCCACGGCCGCUACCUCACCGCCUCGGCAAUGUUCCGGGGCCGCAUCAGCACCAAGGAGGUGGAAGAACAGAUCGUCAACGUCCAGAACAAGAACUCGUCCUUCUUCGUGGAAUGGAUCCCAAACAACGUCAAGUCGAGCGUAUGCGACAUCCCGCCCAAGGGACUCAAGAUGUCGUCGACGUUCAUCGGGAACUCGACGUCGAUCCAGGAGAUGUUCAAGCGAGUGAGCGACCAGUUCACACUCAUGUUCCGGCGCAAGGCGUUUCUCCACUGGUACACCGGCGAGGGGAUGGACGAGCUCGAGUUCUCCGAGGCGGAGAGCAAUCUCAACGAUCUGGUGACCGAGUACCAGCAGUACCAGGACGCGUCCAUCGACGACGAUGACUUUGGGGAGGAUCCAACUUGCAGCUCCGUGCAAUCCACAGCGUAAAAACCAGCUCUCGUGUAUAGUUCUCUUU